AUGGACUCUCGCGUGGCACUCGAAGCCUUCACAUGCAGGGAUACACUAAUUAUGAUCUUACGAAAGCUUGGAGCUCGGGACUUGGCACGUGCUAGCUGUGUUUGCAAGCUGUGGAGAGACAUGGCUUCCGAUGAUGAGAUUGUGAGACCUGCUUUUAUGGAACCAUGGAAGUUGAAGGAAAUAGUGGGGAAGCCUGUGUCUCGAAGAUUUUGGAGAGAUAGUGGGAUUUCUAAGUUUGCUAUUUCUCAUAAGAUUGCUAAAGGGGAUUCUGUUGCCAGUCUUGCUGUUAAGUAUUCUGUUCAGGUUAUGGAUAUACAACGGUUAAAUAACAUGACGAGUGACCAUGGCAUAUACUCAAGGGAGAGGUUGUUAAUCCCCCUAAUCAAUCCGAACCUUCUCAUAAAUGAGACAUGCUACAUAGAGUUGGAUACCUAUGCGAGAAGAGAGGUUGCAGUAUUAUAUCUAGAAGGCAGGCCUGACAAGAAGCUAAUGUCGGAGGGAUCAUCCUCCUCUGACCAUGGCAAAAGAAAGGUCAUCAAUUCUUUAAAGAGAAGCAUGCAAGUUGAUGAUGGAAUUGCUCAAUACUACUGGUCUAUUUCAAAUGGUGACCCUCGAGCUGCGUUCCAAGAAUUUUCAGCAGACCUUAAGUGGGAGAGGGACGCAGGGCUGGGCUAG